AAUCGCACCUCAAGUUCCACAUCAACCCUACCUUAUACCUACUAGUUCCUUGACGCGCGCGCUUGGGAACGCUCCUAUUCUUUCCCCUCAGCACAGCGAUAAACGAUUCCCUUGCCUUGAUUCUACCUCCUGUUAUCUGUUAUUGCCACAUCGUACAUCUUAAUAAAAAGCAUCAAUAUGUCGGACGCAGAUCAGGGCUGGAAACCAAACGGUCGUCCUCAGUCGACCAUGGCGCAGGCCUUCUCUACCACGCUAGAUAGCGUUUUCGCGCUGGACUCGGAUGUCCACAAUCUUUCACAGACAGUCGAGGAGAAGAAAUUUCAAAUGAUGAUUCAAAACCGAGAGCUAGAAGAGCUCCAGGCCAAGAUUCGCGCGACCGAAGAACGCCUUAAAGCUCGCAAAAGUCUGAUUUUGGAUGGAAGUGGCUCUAGGAACAAUGGCGGGUACCAAUCCACGGAAUCCGCGUCCUCGGCGACAUCUCCAACAGACACCGCCGGCCACUAUUCCAGCGGGGAUGAACAGCGCCAGCAUGGCCAGACACGCAAUUCAUGACUUGAUACCAUAGGCCAGGGUCGGCUGCAAUUGACACGUUUGGGUAAGGAACGGGGUUAUGGAUUUAAUUUCUCUUCUAUUGUUUUUCCAAGGCGGGUAUGUCUG